CAAUGUUAUGUUUUUUUCCUCCCUCAAUAAAGCUCGAUCUAUUCAAAGUAAGGAGUUCCUGGGAACUGUAGUUCAAAGAACAGGAAAAAAAACGCUCUGCGCGGAAGUCUUUAACUACAGCUCCCGGCAUGCAUCGGGCGAGUCUCAUGUUCCGCGUUACUGACAGCGGAUGAGAAGUUUACUUUGCGGGCGGUUAGUUUGUAGUUUUCAGGAUUAAUAUUUGGGGUUUUGCGGGGUGGUCGGCUGUGUACGGCGGCCGGGAUGGAGGCAGACCCCCUUCUCGCUUCGGUGGAGAAGAGCUGGUGUGCAGACCCGGACUUCGGCUCCCAGGAGAGGCUGCAGAAAGCCCGGACCGGCUCCUAUUCCUCCACCGCAUCCUCAGGAGGGUGGGCCCUUGGGCAGGAGGAAGCAAGGGGCCCCCGCCUGGAAGAACCCAAUGGUUUGGCGGAUAAUGACCUCUACGUAAAUCAGGCUGUUGUGUUCAUUGAAGAUGCAAUCCAGUAUCGCUCCAUAGACCACCGCGUUGACCAGAACUCCCUGCAGUUGUAUCGAUGGUAUUAUUCGGACCUGUGCCAAUGGAUUUUAAAUGUGACAAUAUUUGUGAAUCUGGCGUUGGCCUUUAUCGAAAAGCCUUCUUCUCUGACAGCCACGUCGGACGUCCGAUACCGCAAAGCAGCCUGGGAGCCACCAUGUGGGCUGACAGAGAGCAUAGAGUUCAUCACCUUUCUUACCUUUAUCACUGAUCUCUCUGUGAAGAGUUAUUUAAUAGGGUGGACGGAGUUCAUGAAGAACAAAUGGCUGCUCUGCUACAUCCUUACUCUCUCUGUUUCCAUGGCGGAUUGGACGGUCUCCGUGUGCUUCAUGUGCAAAGAGGGGGUGAGAAUUCGGAGGCUCCUGCGUCCCUUCUUUCUUCUCCAAAAUUCAUCUCUAAUGAAGAAAACUCUCAAAUGUAUCAAGAGAACACUACCGGAGAUGGCAAGUGUGAUGCUCCUCCUGGCUUUGCACCUCUGCCUCUUCACCAUGUUUGGUAUGCUGCUGUUUGCUCAUGCAAAGGAUUCUAAGGUGGACGCCGAGUGGUUAAGAUACUUUCGCAAUCUGCCAGACUCCCUGACCUCACUCCUUGUGCUGCUGACGACCGCAAACAACCCUGACGUGAUGAUUCCAGCAUAUUCCUACAACCGGAUUUACUCCCUAUUCUUCAUCAUAUUUACAGUAAUAGGGAGUCUGAUUUUGAUGAACUUGCUGACUGCUAUCAUAUACAAUCAGUUCCGCGGCUAUUUAAUGAAAUCCGUACAGGCGUCGCUGGUGAGGAGAAGAUUGGGAAUUCGAGCGGCGUUUGAAGUUCUUUCCUUCCACAGAGAAAUCACAUCCUGCAGUCGUGACCAGACGGCUUGUGUAGAUUGUGACACAUUCAUAAAAGUCUUACAGAAAGUCAAAAUGGAUGGUUACUGCAAGCUGACGAUCACGGAGCAAGCAACCUGCUGCCCCGGCGGGGUCAUCUCUGCGGAGCUUUUUCAGAAGCUGUUUGAUGAGCUGGAUAAAGAUCCGGUCAGACAGCACCCGCCCCAACCUGUGUAUCAAUCAAGGUUCCCUCAAGUUUUGCAAAUCAUUGGCAGCCAUCAAUAUUUUGAUCACCUUGGAAGUGUGGUUGCUCUGGCCAAUCUCCUCUCUAUUUGUGUUGUGUUAAUGGUUGAUGCAGAGAAAUCCGGGAGCGAUCGAGAUGAUUUUUUCUUAGGCGCCAUAAAUUGCUUCUUUAUACUGUACUAUGUCCUGGAAAUGGCUCUGAAAAUAUUCUCCCUGGGAAUCAAGAACUACGUCUCCUACCCAAGCAAUAUUUUUGAUGGAGUCCUAACGAUCAUUCUGCUGAUUUUGGAAAUUGCUACCUUUGCCAUAUACAAGUUCCCACAUCCUGGAUGGAAGCCAGAUAUGCAGGGGCUGCUGUCUCUCUGGGAAAUGGUCCGUCUUGUCAACAUGUUUAUAGUCUUCAGGUUCCUGAGAAUCAUCCCAAAUAUGAAGGUGAUGGCCCUUGUGGCGAGCACUGUGCUGGACCUGGUGAAGAAUUUACGGGCGUUCGGUGGCAUCCUGGUGGUGGUGUACUAUGUAUUUGCUAUUAUUGGUAUCGACCUGUUUCAAGGUGUCAUUCCUAAUCCUAGAAAUGCAAGUUCAUCCAAUGACAGUUCCAGCAAUAAAACGUCAGAAUGUGGAACCUUCGAGCAGCUGGAAUAUUGGCCCAACAACUUUGAUGACUUUGCGGCCGCCCUGGUCACCCUAUGGGACGUGAUGGUGGUGAAUAACUGGCAGGUGUUCCUGGAUGCAUACUCUAGAUACUCCAGUCCGUGGUCAAAGUUGUACUUUGUGGCCUGGUGGCUUGUCUCGUCUGUUAUUUGGGUGAACCUGUUUGUAGCCCUAAUUUUAGAGAACUUUAUUCACAAAUGGGAUCGCAGUUAUCGACACUCGGCAGCGCUGACUUCUUCUCAGCAAGUAGAAUAUCACAUGACGGUUCAGCUCAUGUUCAGAGAAGACUUGGAGGAACCGACAGAUGAGGAACUACUCGACCGCUUACACCAUCACCCUCAUCUCCAUCUCUCCAGAUGACCCGCACUUUGGUCACGGAUCUGGACAGUCAGGAAUAAAUCGUUCUAAGCUGCCAUACCAAACCUGCUGCUUGUUAUAUAGGACGACUGCAGUACACAGACUCCCCCCUCCCUUUAUCAUUACGUUAUAUACAGGCCAACCUGAGAUGCCAUCUACUGUUACCUGCCCGAUCUGAUGAUUCUGAAGGGGAAUUGUUAUUGGCUUGCGGUAUUUGUGGAUAAGGCCGUGAUUUUACAUUAUGUUAUUAUGAGUUUUCCUGAUUUUAGAUUACAUGUGUAUUGGGGAUUCUUAAAGGGAACUAGUCAGCUAUAUAAACACGGCCAGUACCUUUAUAGCUGUGGAGCACAGCGUUCAGGUGCUGUGCCCGUCGGUCUCCUGCGACGCUGCGUUUUAAAAUGUUACACUUAAAGAGGUAAACAAUUUUUUUUAAAUCAACUGGUGCCAGAAAGUUAAACAGAUUUGUAAAUUACU